AUGGCCGCCACUCCGGACCGCGCCAAUGCCGACCUCCGUCGCCGCCUCGCCGUCGACACUCCUCCACCGCCCCAGAUCGCCAGAGAGAAGCAAGGCCUUGAUACUGAAAUACCCCUUUCUCCUCAGUGGCUUAUGAAGGUGGGAGAAAACAAGGAUCCUGUUUCACAGGGUAUCCGCUCAGAUGUUUCAAAGACAUCAGGGACUGGUGAAGACCCAGGCUACAACACGAAGAAAAAGGAUGUUUUCAGGGCUCCUGUGCUUGAUGGUGAAACUGAGCGUCGUGACCGCUGGCGCGAUGAUGAAAGGGAACCAAAUUCGACCCAUCGGUGGAGUCGCCGGAGGGAGACAGAUAAGGAACAUGGUGAUGCACGCAAAGUGGAAAGAUGGUCAGAUGACACCUCCAAGCAUUCUGUGGAUGGUCAUCGUGUUCCGCAGGAGCGCUGGGGUGGUUCCAAUAAUAAGGAAGGGAGUUAUGACCAGCGCCGUGAGAAUAAGUGGGCUGCACGUUGGGGUACCAAUGAUAAGUGGGGGGAUUUAGGUAAAGAGGGUGAUGCUUCCCGUGGAAAAGGUUUCUCUCACUAUGGAAAGGAUGCCAACAGUUACGAAAAGGAUACUGAAAAGGAUGACAAUGUUUCUCGUUCAUGGAAAUCUAGUUAUUCUGCGGGCCGUGGGCGUGGAGAUUUGCCUCACUAUCCUUCUCAGACUUCGCAGAAAUCAUCUGCUACUUAUGGAUAUGGUAGGGGGAAGCCGGACAAUGAUUUUGCAAAUUUUCCAAACAAUCGUGGAAAGUUCACAUCUGGUACAAGUGCAAUCAGUAGUGGAUCUUCACGACCAUUCCAUCUUGGUCUACUUUCUGACAGACCUGGUGGUGUAUCAGAUCGUUCGGCAUUCAGAUAUAGUAGGAUGAAGUUGCUUGACAUAUACAGAAGUUGUGAUGUCACUGAUUUUAAGUUAUCUGUUGAUUGUUUGGAGGAACUCUCUGUGUUCAUGCAAGAAGAUGCUUUGGAACCUUUAGCACUAUCUGCUCCAGUUGCUGAAGAAGCGGCCAUUCUAAAAGCAAUUGACAAAGGGGAUAUCGUAAACAGUGGUGUCCAUCAGGCUUCUAAAGAUGGUUCUGUUGGAAAAGCUGGUAGAGAAGAGCAGCCAGGAGGUGUGGAAAUCUCAGGUGUUGCUGGAAAUACUGAUUCGACAGCAAGAGGGGAGUUAAUGCGUCCUGGGACAUCUACUUAUGUUGUUCCACAAAGGUCUCAGUUUAUUGGAGAACAUAAGCUUGGGCCAUCUGAAUUUGGGCAUCAAAUACCUAGUUUCUUAAAUCAAGAAACUAAAACUGUUGGCAUGAUGGGUUUUGAUAACUUUGCCAGUCCAGUGCAGCCUCAUCCUAAUCCAGAAAGCCUCUCUCUAUACUACAAAGAUCCACAAGGUCAAAUUCAAGGCCCUUUUUCUGGUGCCGACAUUAUUGGCUGGUUUGAGGCAGGUUAUUUUGGCAUUGAUUUGCUGGUCCGUCCAGUGAAUGCACCCCCUGAUAUUCCUUUCUUAAUGCUUGGGGAUGUUAUGCCUCACCUGCGAGCAAAGGCAAGGCCCCCACCAGGAUUUGCCACUUCAAAGCCAAGCGAUAUGCUAGCUCCGGAGACCCAACCUACAGGGAAGUUUGUCAGCUCUAGCAUGCAAGCAGGAUCAGCUGGCAUCGGAAUAUUUGACAAUGGGCCAAGCAGGAAAGACAAUGCUGUUGAGGCUCAAAAUCGUUUCCUGGAGUCACUUAUGUCCAAUAGUGUGCGGAAUGCUUCGGCAGAUACUAUCUCUAUAACUGGAGGUAUGAAUGAACUUGGCAGUAGUAGCUUUGGCAACAUUUCUGUGCGUGGAGGUGAGAGCGGAGUCAAUAUGAACUAUCUUUUGGCACAGAAAGGACUGUUGGAGAGACAAAAUUCUUUGCAAAACCCUGUUUCAUAUUGGACAGGAGAUGCUUCUCCAGCAUCACAAGCACAUCCCAUGGCUGAUACAUCUCGCCAAUCUUUGCAAUCUCAGAAUGUUGAUUUACUAGCCAUGCUGCAACCAAAGGAGAAACCUCAAGUUGCUACUGGUAAUUCUGGACUGCCACUAUGGCCCAAUUACCCUGAAGCAAGAAAUGUUAAUCCUAACAUGCAUGGUGAUCUUGCCCAAGGGGCUCUUAAUAUGCGUCAAGAUCUGCAGAACUCCCAGAACAACUUAAUGCCACAAAACCGACCAGCUUUGGCUCAUUUGCCACCUGAGAAGCUUGCCGAGAUAUCUCAAGAUCCACAGCUGUUAAAUAUGCUUCAGCAGCAAUAUCUUUUGUCACAACUACAGUUGCAGUCACAGUCACAGACACCUUUGACACCUCAGCCGCAACUCUCUAUGUUGGACAAGAUGUUAUUGCUCAAGCAGCAGCAGCAACUUCAGCAGCAACAGCAGCAGCAACUUCAGCAGCAACAGCAGCAGCAGCAGCAGCAACAACUGCAACAGCAGCUGCAGCUGGAGCAGCAACAAAAGCUAUUGUUGCAGCAGCAACUACUUUCUCAGAUGGUACCUCACGUGCAUCCCAAUCAGCACACUGAUGAUUCUUAUACAUUGAAGCAUACUUCUGUGCCAUCUGAUGAUUCUAUGGGUCUUGGUCUUAGAAGGAUGCAAGAGGCUAUCGAUGUCGAUCGAAUAUUGCCUGUCCAUGGUAUGCAGGUGGGGCAACAACCUAGUCUGUCAAUUAUGAAUUUUAGAAAUAUGGAUGGUGUAGCUUUAUCGCAAAUCUCUGUAACUACACUGCCAGUGCCCCAUGAAACUGCUGUGGGUGCACUUCCAAAAGAGCAUCACUCCCGUCCUGGAAUGUUGGAAGAUUUUGCGAAUGUCGACUUACAAUUGAAACCAACUAUGGUAAACUCAAAGCUGGUGGAAGUUGCAGAUAGAAACGAGGGGUUUAAAUCGCACGAAGUGGGCACUGCAACAGAAAAAAACAAAAUGUCUGGAAAGGAUUUAGAUUCUGGAUCUACUAGGAUCAUUGGGAGUGCUUCAGAUGAAGCUAAGGAUUUACACGAACCACCACUAUAUCCAAAGUCAGAAAAUGUAUUAUCUGAUAUUUCUGGUCAGGUUCAAGAAUUGAAUCUGUCGGCAGAAAAUACCUCUUCUGGCAUUGCGACAGCUGUGGCAACUGAAGUAAAAGUUACUGAUACACAGGAGACCAAGAAAGCAGAAAAGAAAAAGAAGCAAAAGAAAAAACAGGCUGCUGCAGAUGCUGGCAAAGGAGCAUCAAAGGCGGUUUCAGCCCAGCAGCCAAGGCAGGAAACUGAGGUUGACAGUUCUGAUCUUGGUGGUAAUAAGCAUGAUUUACCAGAUGAUAGAGAGGAGCUAUUUUGGGGUUCACCUAUCAGAGUGCAAAAUGAGAUUUUACCCCCCAAAAGUCUUCCAGAGGAAUAUGACGCUGACAAAGCUGAAUCGCAGUUUAGUUCUCUAUCAUCUGAUCCUCAUAGCAUGGCAAGCCAGCGUGCAUGGAAACAACCUACUCAGGGUCUCAGGCCUAAGUCACUGCUGGAAAUCCAAGCUGAGGAACAAUUGCGUGCACAGAAAGGAUUAGCUACUGACACUGCUAAGCCAGCAGCUUCAGUCCCUUCAAUUCCUUGGAAUGGCAUGGCAAUAUCUUCCGAGCAACAUUAUGGGGGUUCAAGUAAAUCAUUGGGAAGCAUGGAAAGUGCUGGUGAGAGGAAUAAAAGAAGCCAGUUGCAUGAUUUGCUGGCAGCAGAAGUUCUUGCGAGGUCAAGCAUUGCAGAUAAUGAGAACAUAGGUAAUGCCAAUGAUGCAUUUUACCCUCCUCUGUCGCCUGCUGCUGUUCAGCCUCAGCCUGAUGCUCCUGCUCUUGAUGAUAAUGACUUCAUUGAGGCCAAGGACAAAAAGAACAAAAAGAAGGCAGCAAAAGCCAAAGCUUCUACUGUGAAAGCUCCAUCACCUGUUGGUUCCUUUGAUCCACCAGCUAUUUCCAUGCCCUCUGAAAAGGGAAAGUCUGCCAAGCAAGCACAACAGGAGUUAGAAAUGUUGCCAGCUCCACCAAGUGGUCCAUCCUUUGGAGAUUUUGUUCUUUGGAAGAGUGAUCAGACUAGCUCUGUGCCUGCUCCAGCGUGGUCUAAUGACUCAGCAAAGGUGCAGAAACCUUUGUCUUUGAGAGAUAUCCAGAGAGAACAAGAAAGGAGAACUGCUUCUAUCCAGCAACAAGCACCCUCACCAACUCCAGCAAAGGUGGCCCCGAACCAAAAAAGUCAGGGGAAUACUUCUUCCUGGCAAGCUUCUGGAUCAUCUCCAUCACAGGCAGUUGCCCCUGUCCAAAUGAGUUCCAAUGCUCCCAGUCGUUCCAAAUCAAGUGCUGAAGAUGAUUUGUUUUGGGGCCCUUCUGAGCACUCCAAACAAGAUAAAAAGCAGUCUGAGUUUCCAUCUCUGUCAAGUCAGAGCAGAAGUUCCAUGAUGAAGGAUCAAUCUCCACUGAAUCGUCAAAAGUCUCAGGCAGGCAGAUUGCCAGUUUCUUCUUCUGCUACUGCCAACCAAUCUGGCAAAGGGAAAGCAGAGGCUGCAAACAAGCAGACUGAGGCAAUGGACUUCAGAGAUUGGUGUGAGAGUGAAUGGGCCAGGCUCACUGGAACAAAUGAUAUAAGUUUCCUUGAGUUCUGCAUAAAGCAAUCAACUACUGAAGCGGAAAUGCUCCUUCACGAGAACAUUGGUUCUCUUGACCGCAGCCACCAGUUCAUCGACAAGUUCGUCAACUACAAGGCCUUCCUGUCAGCAGAUGUGAUCGACAUGGCCUUCCAAGCUCCCAGCACGCCGGGUACCCGCGGUGACGGCGCAGGGCGUGCAAACGCUGCCGCUGCAGCCCGAGGAGGCACGAGUGCGGACGCGGAGCUGGAUGGCGUCGGGAAGAAGAAAGGCAAGAAGGGGAAGAAGGUGAGCGCGGCGGUGUUGGGUUUCAACGUGGUGAGCAACCGUAUAAUGAUGGGCGAGAUCCAGAACGUGGAUUAG